AUGGGGUAUACACCAAGAUGUACUAUUACAGAUCAAGAUCCAGCACUAAAGGUCGCAAUACCCAACAUUAUGCCAGAAACGAGACACCGGUUCUGUAUGUGGCACAUCACGUCAAAAGUCGGGGACAAGGCAGGACCUGCACUGGCAAAGAACGUCGAGUUUAAAAAGGCCCUAAACAAUGCAGUAUGGGAUGAAACCUUAAGUGCCACCGAAUUUGAAUUCAAAUGGGCAAAGGUAAUGCAAGAUUACAACCUUGUUGAGCACAGGUGGUUUAACCAAUUGUACGAGGCACAUGCAUCGUGGAUACCUGCAUAUUUCCAAGAUAUACUCAUGGGAGGACUACUAAAAACAACAUCACGUUCAGAAUCGGAGAACAGUUAUUUCGGCAAAUUCACAAAUCACCACUGCAGCCUAGUCGAGUUUAUAAUGCAAUACAAUCGCGCCAUAGAAGAACAGAGGCAUAACCAUGCAAAGUUGAACGCAGAUUGUGAAGGUUCAACCCCUGAACCGAAAACCCCGUUGGGCAUGGAACGCCAAGCAGCGACACUGUACACCAUCAACAUAUUCUACGAGUUCCAAAAAGAAAUAUGGGCCGGAAGUUUCACAUGCAAAAUCACCAACAAGACACUUGAGGACGGAAACCGGAGGUACGUUGUACACGAAACAGGAUUGGCUAAUGGAAGUGAAAAUGAAAUGGCUCUAAUGUUGACAACAAUGCAGCAACUAAACGGGAAGUUAAAGAGUGCUAAGCAACAAGCCAACCAAAGCACCAACCACCAAUCAGUGAUUGAAUCAAUAGUCAACGCUACUGCACCUACCGAGAUCCAAAUAAAGCCACCCAAUGUUGCCAAAAACAAGGGCAGCGGGAAACGAUUAAAGAGCAAUAAAGAGAAAGAAAUGGAAAGAACGAAGAAAAAGGUGAGGACAUGUGCUACUUGCGACCAACCGGGCCACGACAACCGGAAUUGUCCAGAAAGAAAAGACAUAUCUGACGAGUAG